CGCGCUCGGUCACUAAAUCCGCUACGAGGCACCGAGCAGCCCGACCCGACCCGCUCCGGAGGAAGAUGACCGUUUUAACGAACACUAAACCGCGGAUAAACUGCGUUUAUUGGUGUCCUUUUGGACUGUAGCGAGGGACUUUGUCGGAAAUAACGUGAGGAUUUGUGGAUUUGGACAGUGCUUGGUUUUUUUUGUCUUUUGUGUGUGUUUUUGUUGAAGAAAGAGACCCACGGACAGACUGGGUUGUUGUCGGGCCAGUUGGAACAACGACGAGAUUCCCGAAACAGUUGAUUCUUUAAGAAAGAAGAAAAAAAUAUAUAUACACGUUUUACUUGCUGCAAAACUGUUAAGAUUUGAGUGGUUAUUAUCCUAUGUGUACAAAGUGUUUAUAUUAUGAGUGAAAUAGCCACUGGGUAAACUGGUCAGAUUGGUGUGAAAGGCUAAGCUAAGGUUUGGUUCUGGACUGUUAUGGAAGCUUUUGAGUUUGUAUUCCCAAUGGGACAACAUUAACCUGCUCCAAACCUGCAGCUUUGUCUUACUCCUUAAUGAACUUUCAAGCAGGAGACAUUAUGGCGUUUUUUAAUUUCCGUAAGAUAUUUAAACUGGGAGUGGAGAAGAAGAAGAAGCAAUACGAACAUGUGCGCAGGGAUGAAAACCCAGAGGAGAUUUGGGAAAUAAUUGGAGAACUGGGAGAUGGAGCGUUCGGCAAAGUUUUUAAGGCUCAGAACAAGCAGACGGGCGUCCUCGCUGCUGCCAAAGUCAUCGAUACGAAGACAGAGGAGGAGCUGGAGGACUACAUGGUGGAGAUUGACAUCCUGGCCUCCUGCGAUCAUCAGAACAUCGUCAAACUGCUGGAUGCUUUUUACUACGAGAGCAAGCUGUGGAUCCUCAUAGAGUUCUGUGCAGGAGGGGCAGUGGAUGCCGUCAUGCUCGAACUGGAGAGACCCCUGACCGAGCCGCAGAUCCGGGUGGUGUGUAAGCAGACCCUGCAGGCGCUCGUCUACCUCCACGAAAACAAAAUCAUCCACAGAGACUUGAAGGCCGGCAACAUCCUCCUCACUCUGGACGGAGAUGUGAAGCUGGCUGAUUUUGGCGUGUCGGCCAAAAACACAAAGACGCUUCAGCGGAGAGAUUCUUUCAUUGGAACGCCUUACUGGAUGGCCCCUGAGGUGGUGAUGUGUGAAACCUCCAAGGACCGUCCAUACGACUACAAGGCCGACAUCUGGUCCCUGGGGGUCACCUUAAUCGAGCUGGCGCAGGUCGAGCCCCCCAACCACGAGAUGAACCCCAUGAGAGUCCUACUGAAGAUCGCAAAGUCCGACCCGCCCACACUGAUGCAGCCGUCGCGCUGGUCUCCAGAGUUCAGCGACUUCCUGAAACGUAGCCUGGACAAGAACCUGGACAGCAGAUGGACCGCAGCGCAGCUUCUUCAGCAUUCGUUCGUCUCGACUGUGACUGACAGCCGGCCGCUGAGGGAGCUGAUAGCCGAGGCGAAGGCUGAGGUCACCGAGGAGAUCGAAGAGCACAAAGAGGAAGAGGAGGAGGAAGAGACCGAGGCACAUCUGGGCCACAAACGGGCUCCAUCUGACGUCAGCGUCGCCAGCUCCGAGGACGAAAAGAUCCCUCUGUCGCCCUUGGAAUCAGUCCCUGAGAAGAUGGAACCGAUCCUACCACUUCCUUCCCCGGCCAAGCUUCCCGACUCCAACCAUGUGGCGAAAACCGUCUCCACAGAGGAACCUGCUACACAGGAGCAACCACAGGAAACUCCAAACACUCCAGUUCCAGAAGAACCUGAAGAGAAACCUUCAGAGGAGAACGUUCCAGAAGCCGUGUCUGAUGCCACUUCACCUGGGUCAGAGGCCGAACCAGACACACCGUCCAAGGAGCUGCAGCAGCUGGAGAUAGACGUGGAGGAUGAAAAGGAAGUGGACACAGCCGAGGUUCCUGGGUCUCCUCAGGAGACUAACUCACCUGCUGCACCAGAAGCUAACACUCCAGCUCAGGAAGAAGAGGAAGAUCGAUACAAACACCUCAAGGUGACUCUAACUCUGCCUGAGCCAGAGCAGGAAGACCUGAAGAAGGAAAACGGAGAGCAGCCCGUAGAAAAAGACAGAACGAACGCUGAAGAGGAGAAGAAGGUUCCGGAUAAAGCCAAAGACGAAAAGGAGCAAGAUUCUGACUCAGGAAGGGGCUCGGCUGCAGACAACAGCUCAGUAGACCUCAAUUUGUCCAUUUCCAGCUUCUUGUCCAAAACAAAGGAGCCUGGUUCUGUUUCUAUACAGGACUCCAAGCGGCAGAAGAAGACGCUGAAGAAAACUCGUAAGUUCAUGGUGGACGGGGUGGAAGUGAGCGUCACAACAUCAAAGAUCGUCACUGACAACGACACCAAGAACGAGGAGAUGAGAUUCCUCAGGCGGCAGGAGCUGAGAGAGCUGCGUCUCCUGCAGAAGGAGGAGCAGAGAGCCCAGCAGCAGCUCAGCAACAAGCUGCAGCAGCAAAAGGAGCAGAUCUACAGACGCUUUGAGCAAGAGACCACUAGUAAGAAGCGUCAGUACGACCAGGAGGUGGAGAACCUGGAGCGGCAGCAGAAGCAGACCAUCGAGAGGCUGGAGCAGGAGCACACCAACCGGCUGCGAGACGAGGCCAAGCGCAUCAAAGCUGAGCAGGACAAGGAGCUGUCCAAGUGCCAGAACAGGCUGAAGAACCGCAAGAAAGAGGAACAGGAGUUCCUCCAGAAGCAGCAGCAGGAUCUGGACAGCGCGCUGAAGAAAAUAAUCCAGCAGCACAAGCACGAGCUGGCCACCAUAGAGAGAGACUGCCUGAACCACAAGCAGCAGCUGCUCAGAGCACGAGAAGCUGCAAUGUGGGAGAUGGAAGAGCGCCACCUGCAGGAGAAACACCAGUUGUUCAAACAGCAGCUGAAAGACCAGUACUUCAUGCAGAGACACCAGCUGCUGAAGAGACAUGAGAAGGAGAUGGAGCAGAUGCAGCGCUACAACCAGCGUCUCAUCGAGGAGCUGAAGAACAAACAGACGCAGGAGCGAACCCGGCUGCCCAAAAUCCAACGCAGCGAGGCCAAGACACGCAUGGCCAUGUUCAAGAAGAGCCUCCGCAUCACCGCAGCGCUCAUCACCCCCGAACAGGAGAGGGACAAGGUCAAGCAGUUUGCUGCUCAGGAGGAGAAGAGGCAGAAGAACGAACGUCUCCACCAGCAGCAGAAACACGACAACCAGAUGAGAGACCUGCAGCUGCAAUGCGACGCCAACAUCCGGGAGCUGCAGCAGCUGCAGAAUGAGAAGUGUCACCUGCUCAUCGAACAUGAGACCCAGAAACUGAAGGAGCUGGAUGAGGAGCACAGCGUGGAGCUGAAGGAGUGGAGGGAGAAGCUCCGGCCCAGGAAGAAGGCAUUGGAGGAGGAGUUUGCCAGGAAGCUGCAGGAACAGGAAGUGUUCUUCAAGAUGAGCGGCGAGUCCGAGUGCCUUAACCCGUCCACCCAGAGUCGCAUCUCCAAGUUCUACCCGAUCCCCAGCGUCCACUCCACCGGGUUCUAACCCAAACGGGCCGAGAGAGGACAGGAAGUCUGAGGAGCCGCUGCGGCGCCACUUCAGUCGCCACAAUCCAGUGCCUGAAGAACCGGAAAUAUCUGCAGACUUUUGUACUACGGAUCACUCUCUUUUUUUUAUAGUCAAACAUCAAUCAGUCGAUCAUUUCUAAGUCAUUAUGAUACAGAAUGUAUUUGUGGCUGAAACACUCCAGAUGAAGGAAUGGGUUGCAGCAGAUUUUCAUUCAGACAUUUUGAAUUUUGUGGUUCCGUUUAAGCUGCGAAGCUCUCAUCUCCUGGCUGACACGGAUGCAGUUUUUUCCUUCAAAAUGCCUUCAGGUUUGUUGUAAAACAUUUGAAAGACACUCAUGGUUUUUGUUCUCUAAGGAAGCAUCAGCUCCAACAGCAAAGAAAGAAAGAUCUGGAAAAUGAAGAAACGUUUGUGUAUUUUUAUCUUCUGAUGACGUAUUUUGUUUCUUGAAAAGCCCAAAGUAGAUCUGUUAGCCUUAAUAAUUUAGAUGUAUUGUAAAGUUGUUACUGCGACUUUAAGAAUUCAGACGUGUUGUGAAGGAUUUUAUUCUGUAUUCAAGCAAACUAAACAAAACACAAAAAUUCAUUUCUUUUCAUUUACUUUUAGUAAUUAAAAAAAAAACUGGACCUGACUGGUUUAGGCCUUUCUGACCUCUGAUUGGUUCAUCUCGUUUUUGUUUUUCUUGAUUGGCUGUUCUGAGUUGUUAAGUAAAUAUAAUGGAGUGCUGUGCACCUUUUUUAGAAAAAUAUUUUCAGUUACUAUUUAUACAAAAACUGCUCAACUUCCUAAAUUUAGACUGAAAACAAAAACAUAUCGACAUCAAUAAUUAAUUUUUUUAAAUACAUGUAUAGUUUUUAGAAAUGCUUGUGAAAUGUUGAUUUUCAUUUUGCUGUAAAUAAAAUAUUUCCUUUAAACAAAAGCUUCUCCUUUGGUCUCUCAGACAUACAAAAAAAAAAAAACAUUUAAAAAAUGUCCUUUAAAAA